AUGGUCAAAGCUGGUAGGCAGAAGUACAAAGAGCUACUCGUCAGGGAUUCCGAAAGCAACUCUAAACGCUUACAUGCAUAUAUAAGAAGCAAGCAGAGCGUCAGUAACAACAUUACAUUGCUUGAAACAGUCAAUAGCAACAUCAAAACCGAUACCGGUGAUAUAUCCGCAUCGUUAAAUAACUAUUUUCAAUCAUUCUUUGCUUUAGAGCCCGAAGGUUCAAUGCCAAGCUUUAAAAGUCGCACAGAAGCAGUUUGUGUCAUCGAUCCAGCAAUUUUCUCUAUCGACAUUGUACAAAAAUGUCUAAACAGCCUUGAUGAAAGAAAAUCAACCGGCUACGAUGGCUUACAUCCACGGGUCCUCAGUAAAUGUUCAACUACCUUUGCCAAGCCUCUUUCACUUAUUUAUAAACGCUCGUUUGCAACUGGUGUAGUUCCUGACUUGAAGAAAAAACUGAAUGUAACACCUAUUUUCAAGAAAGGGAGCAGGCUAAAAGCAUCUAACUACCGGCUAGUCUCCCUCACUUCCAUACCUUGCAAAAUUAUGGAAAGUAUUUUACAAAAAAGAAUAAUGGAACACUGCGUUGCUAAUGGACUAAUUUCUCCAAACCAGCAUGGCUUUGCUCAUUGUAAGGGAUGCGUAUUAAACCUUUUAGAAACUCGGGACAUCUUGACUGAAGCAACUCACUGCAGACACGCAGUAGACGUCAUUUACACAGACUUUGCAAAGGCGUUCGACAAAGUACCACAUAAACGCCUCCCUCAUAAGCUGAAAGCUUAA